UCCGCACCAGCCGCCCACGAAUUUACAAAAUCGAUUUCCUUGAUCUUUGAACCAUGAUCGACCCUCAAGAUAGAUUCUUCUCAGAAGGCCAGGGCUAUUUUGGCCCAAGGGAAAACCCGUUGACCGAAACCCACUGCAAUGUCUGGGAUUGGGACCAGCUGCGAUUAAUCAAAGUGAAAGGAACAGCCAAACUCUUUCGGCCUGAAGAGGAUGUAGAGGUCUCAGUCCUUGCGCAAUUCGCUGAUUACCUCUCGCCGGAGGUUCGUGCAAUCACGGUCGACAAUGACGGGCUUCUCACGGGAGUCUCGACAGAUCCGGAAGAAGAUGAUACAUUCUUUAUUGCGUAUCUUCCCUUCUCCCUGUGUCAAUCACUCGCAAAUUGCUCUACGAUCUAUUUCUCACAACUCAAAGAAAUUGAUCGACUUGGACCAGGUGUCGAUCUUGUAUCCUAUAAUGACCGGAAGGUCGCAUUCAAGUUCAACCCUCUAGGCAUGCCGCGAAGACUACACAUGUCCUGGAAGGAGAUGAACCUGCUCAGCAAAAUGCCACCGCAUCCUAAUAUAUUACCAUUCGAUAGCCUUGUCCUUGAAGAUGUGGAGUCCCGAGUGAUUGGGCUCACAUCGAAGUAUAUACCAGGUGGAACGCUAGAAGAUGUCGAUCCGAAAAGGCCUUUCCGAUUCAAAUGGCUACAACAACUUACCCAGGUGGUGGAUUUCCUGAACCUAGAACUGGGGAUCAUGCAUCAAGAUAUUGCACCCCGGAAUUUGCUUGUCGACCCUGAAACAGACAACGUUGUUCUCUUUGACUUUGACUGGGCUGCCAAUGGAAAGGACGGUCUAUUAGAUGGCCGAGACGAUGUGUCGAGUGUUGUAUUCACACUUUAUGAGAUCAUCACGAACGAUAGGCAUCUUACGAGUAUUCCACACUGGGACCGAAACAUAGACAUGGUGCUAAAUAUUGAGUGGCCUGUUCGCCGCGAACUCGACUCUGACAUGUCGAAUUUCCGCAAUUUCCUGGAUAAUUGGGUAGCAAGGAGGGCCGAGAGUGCCACGGAACAAUGUCUGAGUGCACCCAGGCGGCUUACCUGGCCUGAUCUUCCGGGCCCUCCAGAUUACACUGUGCCAUUUGAGCUGGGCUGGACAAAGGAAGGAGAAACUGUUUGGCAAACUGGCGAGCGCUCGAGACGCAUUGCAUUAGCGAAGGGGCAAUACUGCUUUCGUUGGGAAAGACCACCGCAAAGUAGACUGUUGGAGAAAGCAAAGGUCGAACGUAUUACUUAUUAACUGUCGAUUUUGGAAGAGCGAUUUUGUGAUAGCCUUCGUGAAAGAUGAUGAUGCUGUGGAUGGAAGUUAGGCGGUCAUCGGCAAAAGAGACACAUUGACGAAGUCUUGGUUUGAGAUAUAAGAAAACCGGAAAAGAGAACGAUGAAAGUGAGCUUGGCAUGCAAUAUA